AUGGAUAUGAGCAUUUUCUUGAGAGUACGUCCCAAGAAAAUUGAGUUGCGUAAGAAAACACGAUACUAUGAGACAGGCGAAUUCCAUGCUGGAGAACGUGGAAAACGUGUUGUGUUCUCGUGGGCAAAAAUCAUCGGUCAAUAUGCGUUCUGGUUCGCCUCGUUCUAUGUUCAGUAUCAGAUCUAUUCAUGGAUCGCGAAGCAGGCUUUCAUAAUUCUGACGGCUCCGUUCAUGUGA